AGGAUCCCUCUUCAGCCCAUGCUCCUAACUCCCCCUCCCCCUUUCGCCCCCAGAGGUGUAUCCCAUGUAUCCUACGAUGAUCCGCUCAUGUGGCCCCCUCCAGUAUAGUGAAGGUCUCAUGUCCUUCUACGCAUCGUAAACAAAUUUACACCUUUAUGCUCCACUCGAUAUCAUCUGAUCUCCUUGUCUUGUUGUGUUAACAAGACAUGUAGAUAACUAUGAUCUCUACAUACUACGUGUUUUUGUAGUGCUAAGAAACGUACUAAUCACGAGUAACAUCUUAACCACCAGAGAAAAGGCUGAUAAGAUUGUCUAAGAUUCUAAUAAGAUUGCCUAAGUAGGAUUCUGUUGACCUUACCUAGGUCACCCAUCAUCCUGGGAGGCAAGCAUGUGCCUGUGGGGAUCGUUGUGAAGGAUCCACAACCUAACCUAACCAGAUUGUUUACGAUUCUGACAAGAUGGCUUCUCCUGCUGCUGCUGCUGCUGCGGGUGGGCAGCCGCAGUACACAGCUGAACAAUGCGCACAGUAUAGGGAUUACUAUUUGAAACAGGCAGAAACGCAACCGGAGUACGCAAAACACGCGCAAGCAUGGGAACGACAGUUGCAGGCAGUGCUGCAGCAACAGGGAGGCGCGGCAGCGCCACAAGGUGCUGCUGCGGCUGUUGCGCAACAACAACAACAACAACAGCAGGCAGCGGCUGCUGCCGCUGCGCAACAACAAGCAGCGGCUGCUGCGCAACAACAAGCAGCGGCUGCUGCGCAACAACAACAGGCGGAGCUGGCAGCACAACAACAACAACAGCUUGCCGCGCAACAUUAAGGCUUGACCACUUCCAACUGUAUCUCCAAACUGUCUUUUCUUCCUUCUUCUUUUUUCCUUAUAACGUAGGUGUAUCCCUACAUGCAAUCAAUCUUCUCCUUCUAACAAGAAGCUCAGGUACAAGCUGCAGCGAACGCAGCGGCUCAACAACAAGCUGCGCAUGAGGCAGCGCUGGCUGAGGCCCUAGCAGCCCAGAAAGCGGCAGAACAGGCAGCCGCAGUACAGAUUGCGGCAGCUCAAGUUAAGGCGAAGUCUGAGCUCAAUAUCAUGAGAAUGACCGGCUAUACCUUUCCCUCUAUUCUUAGGCCUGUCCCUACAUGCAGCACAACAUGAGAAAGAGGACUAUAACGAUACGAGUACUUACAGUGUAAGCAAUUUUGCUGAGUAGACCUUUCAGGAGUCUCCUUAAGGAAGCCUCCUUAGGGAAAUGGCAUCCUUAAAGGAAUUUCUAUUAUACGGCUCCACCUGCUUGUCAAGUGACAGCACUAAAAGCCUUUUACUUAGUCUACAAGCUUCGAGAGUGACACUAUAUAUGUUAUGUACUAUAGGUUGCUUCGCAAGGAGAGCAGCUAUAAAUAGAAAAUAUGUUUUCGUCGUCACCGUUUUUUUGAUUUUCGUUCGGUCCUUCACGUUCACGAGGUCGAUUUGAUUCGAUUUGAUUCAGCGUUGUACAUAGCGACUCGGAACCACACUUGAUAUAGUUCAAAAAGAACUAGUACUUACUAUAAUUCAGGGUUAGCUUCUAGGCUGUUCAUGUUUUUGCACAGGUGUAGGUUCUUUGUGCAUUUUUUUAAAAGUGUAUUUUCAAUCCUCAUCAAGAACACUCGUGGCUCUCCUUUUGUACUAGUCGUCGACCACAAGGGAUCAACAUUCUUGAGCUGUAGUUACAGCACUCGUAUUCCUCGUUUACGCCUAGAGGACUAUCCCCCCACCAUAUCGCUUCCGAGCGUAGAGGUGCGGCAGUCGCAGCUGCGGGGAGGUCGGUGCCCUGUGGAGGCAACCUGAUAGAUUGGCUGAUUGCUUGCAACUACAAAAUUUAGAUUUAGUUACAUAACAUCUUCCUCAACAGUCACGUCUAAUCAAGAGGCGGCUAGGAAGGCAGCGGAGGAUGCGGCAGCAGCGCGUACUCUUCUGUCACAGCGUCAGGCGGGAGCGGCAGCGCUAGCUACCCCUGGAGGUGCAGUGCCGGCGUUGGAUGCUUCGGCCGCUGCCGCUUCUCCAGGAGUAGUGCCGGCAGUACCGGCGUUGGAUGCUUCGGCCGCUGCCGCUUCGCCAGGACUAGUACCGGCAGUACCUGCGUUGGAUGCUUCGGCCGCUGCCGCUUCGCCAGGACUAGUACCGGCAGUACCGGCGUUGGAUGCUUCGGCCGCUGCCGCUUCGCCAGGAGUAGUACCGGCAGUACCGGCGUUGGAUGCUUCGACCCCAGCCGCUUCGCCAGGAGUAGUACCGGCAGUACCGGCGUCGGAUGCUUCGGUCGCUGCUGCUGCUGCUGCUGCGCCGCCUGUUGGACAAGGCGCGCUUCCUUAAGGGUUUCCGAAUUACAUCUCCCACAACCAUUCUUCACUCUUUUUCCAGUAGGAAAGAGGUGCUGAUGGCUGUUCUGAAGAAUGUAACUCCGUAACCUCUAACUUCCACUGAGUGA